AUGAACCACACAGUGAUCAUAGACUUUGUCCUUCUAGGCCUUUCUGAUGAUCCUGACCUUCAGAUUGUGAUUUUCCUCUUUUUAUUUAUCACAUAUAUAUUAAGUGUCACUGGAAACCUGACUAUCAUCACCCUAACUGAGGUGGACUCCCAUCUCCAGACGCCAAUGUAUUUCUUCCUCCGAAACUUCUCCUUCUUAGAAAUCUCCUUUACUACUGUGUGUAUCCCUAAAUUUCUGGGGGCAAUUAUUACCAAAGACAAGACUAUUUCUUACAACAUAGCCCAACUAUUUUUCUUUAUUUUCAUGGGGGUGACUGAAUUUUACAUUCUAACCGCCAUGUCCUAUGACCGCUAUGUUGCCAUCUGCAAGCCCCUGCAUUACACAACCAACAUGAGCAGGAAACUCUGCAGCUUGCCUGUGCUCUGUGCUUGGCUGGGUGGGUUUCUGACCAUUUUCCUUCCCCUUAUGCUUCUCCUCCAGCUGGAUUACUGUGCUUCCAAUGUCAUUGAUCACUUUGCAUGUGACUAUUUCCCCCUUUUACAAUUGUCUUGUUCAGAUACAUGGUUCCUAGAAAUAAUUGGUUUUUACUUUGCUUUGGUUACCUUGCUAUUCACUUUGGCCUUAGUGAUUUUGUCAUAUAUGUACAUUGUCGGGACUAUUCUGAGAAUCCCAUCUGCCAGUCAGAGAAAAAAGGCCUUCUCCAUUUGUUCCUCUCACAUGAUUGUCAUCUCCAUCUCCUAUGGAAGCUGUAUAUUCAUGUAUGCUAAUCCCUCAGCCAAAGAAAAAGCAUCAUUGACAAAAGUAGUGGCUAUUCUCAAUACCGCUGUGGCCACCAUUCUGAACCCCUUCAUCUACACCCUGAGAAACCAGCAAGUGAAACAAACCUUCAAAGACAUGGUCUAUAAAGCAAUCUUUUCUGCCAAUAAAUUAUUUUUUUGUCAACUUUAA